UUCCGACACUUAUAACAGAGAUAGAAGUUGAUGAGCAUGCGUACCCAGUAGAAGUUUUAGAAAUUCAAGAAAAUGUUUUUGAUAUGAAAGCUCCUUUACGAUGGCCAAAGGUAAAUUAUAAUGGAAUUUUAGUAUGCUACGAUGUGACCUCACGAGCUUCGAUAGCAAAUAUAGCAUGGCUUCUAAAUGCCUUUAAAGAAUUCCAAAUUCCUACAAUACUUGUAGCUUGUAAGGCCGAUUGUGAGCCUUUAAAACGUCAAGUUGAUACUGAAUAUGGUGCAAAAUUGGCACCUCUAUUUGAUGUUGGUUUUGUGGAAUUAGAUACGAGAACAAAUCUAGGAAUACAAAGGAUUCAUGAUGUUUUUUCGAUGCUCUUAAGGCUAUCAAUAAGGCAUCGUUUGUUCAUUAAAGAACGUCAUCUUAGUCAAGAAAUUAGAUCUGAUGAUUUUUCUUCGGAUUCUUUAUGUUUGCAAAGUAUUGGUAGUGAUGUAGAUUCAGAUAAACUUUCAAGUCAUAGGAGGACUUCUAGUGACUUAAGUCAUGAAUCAAGGGGACGUGGGAGAUUUUCUAAUUUUUCCGCCGUACUAUAUAUGAAAUCAAGGUAUCAUAGUCGUUUUGGUUCUUCUAAGGGUGAAUCAAGGAAAUUCAGUAGUGAUGAUGAAGGUUCAUCUUCAACAAUUUCGAAUCGUCGUUCAUUAUCGCGUUCGCCUUUUUCUUCCUCUCCAUCAGUAUCUGUCACUCCAUCAAAUACUCCUCCAAAAUCAUCUAUCCUGUCUCAAGUAUCGCUUCCUCCAUUUCCUAUAAUCUGUAAUAAACCAUCUUCUUUGGAAAGGAGCUCAUAUCGACGUUC